CCUCCUCACCCCCAACAUUAUUCCACACAUCUUAUCAAAAUUAGUUCGAGUUUCGACAUGUGAUCUUGUUAUUAUUAGAAAGACAAAACUCAGAUUUUAUUUUUGGCAUUAAAUUACUUAUUUUCUGCCCUUUCUUUUAACUCCAAAGUAUUUAUUUAUUUCAUCUCUCAACUGUUUUAUAAACAAAAAGCAUUAUAUCAUUUAAUAAAACAAAAAAAACAAGCCUCCGUCAGCUGGCUCGGACCGACCUCGUACCUUCGCUUGUCUUGUCGCAUUAGAGGCUAACGCCGUCUCCGCCUCCGCUUCGUCCAAUUCACGGCCAAGCAAACAGUCUCCACCGAUUUGGCUCAGGCUUGGCUUCUCACGAGAGCUAUUAAAUCCCCUUACUACUUACUGAUCAACGCUUUUCUGUUUCCACGGAGGAGCAAGGCGGAGAUCAGCCUCUUCUAUGCCUCAUUCCCUUCUUCUUUAGCCGCUUGAUUUCGUCUCUAACGGCUACAGACUUUCAUCACUAGACAUACAAGUUCAUCUCUCACACUCACCCGAAAACAAGCUUUUAGGGUGAAGAAAUGGUUGGGAUAGAAGAUAAUAGUGACAGGGAGAGGGCAACAGUUGUGGAGAAUGGUUUUGCAUCGCCUAAGGUUACUCAAGGGAAUAAUGAUACACUCUCCUAUGCCAACAUUCUUCGGGCGAGAAACAAGUUUGCUGAUGCGCUUUCUCUCUAUGAGCAUAUGCUUGAGAAAGAUUACAAGAAUGUUGAAGCUCUCAUUGGGAAAGGGAUAUGUUUGCAGACGCAGAACAAAGGGAAUCUAGCUUUUGAUUGUUUUUCUGAAGCGAUUAGGUUGGAUCCGCAUAAUGCUUGUGCACUUACGCACUGUGGUAUACUUCAUAAAGAAGAAGGGAGGCUCGUAGAAGCUGCUGAGUCCUACCAGAAAGCACUGAUGGCAGACGCAUCAUACAAGCCAGCAGCGGAGUGUUUAGCCAUUGUUUUGACAGACCUUGGAACUAGCCUGAAGCUGGCUGGGAAUACGCAGGAGGGAAUUCAAAAGUACUACGAAGCUCUUAAGAUUGACCCUCACUAUGCUCCUGCGUAUUACAACUUAGGUGUUGUGUAUUCCGAAAUGAUGCAAUAUGACAGUGCGUUGGGCUGCUACGAGAAGGCUGCACUUGAGAGGCCUAUGUAUGCCGAAGCAUAUUGUAACAUGGGUGUCAUAUAUAAGAACCGUGGUGACUUGGAGAUGGCAAUCACUUGUUAUGAGAGAUGUCUAGCUGUAUCUCCAAACUUUGAGAUUGCGAAGAAUAAUAUGGCCAUAGCUCUGACAGAUUUAGGAACAAAGGUUAAACUUGAAGGCGAUGUGAGCCAAGGAGUGGCAUAUUACAAAAAGGCUCUCUAUUAUAACUGGCACUAUGCAGAUGCUAUGUAUAAUCUCGGGGUCGCUUAUGGUGAAAUGCUGAAGUUUGACAUGGCAAUUGUCUUCUAUGAGCAUGCUUUCCACUUCAAUCCACAUUGUGCUGAAGCUUGCAACAAUUUGGGAGUACUUUACAAAGACCGUGACAACCUUGAUAAAGCCGUGGAGUGUUACCAGAUGGCUCUGUCAAUCAAACCAAAUUUUGCACAGUCACUUAAUAACCUUGGCGUCGUCUACACAGUCCAGGGGAAAAUGGAUGCUGCUGCCAGCAUGAUUGAGAAGGCAAUACUUGCGAAUCCCACUUAUGCAGAAGCUUUUAACAACUUAGGUGUUCUAUACAGAGACGCUGGAAAUAUAACGGCGGCUAUUGAUGCUUAUGAGGAAUGCCUUAAGAUAGAUCCAGAUUCUCGCAAUGCUGGCCAGAAUCGAUUGCUUGCCAUGAACUACAUAAACGAAGGACUCGAUGACAAACUAUAUGAGGCUCACAGAGACUGGGGUUGGCGCUUCACAAGAUUACACCCACAGUACACUUCGUGGGACAAUCCUAAAGAUCCAGAGCGGCCUAUCACCAUUGGAUAUAUCUCCCCAGAUUUCUUCACUCAUUCAGUAUCUUAUUUCAUUGAAGCGCCCCUCACUCAUCAUGAUUACACAAAGUACAAAGUUGUGGUUUAUUCAGCUGUAGUUAAGGCAGAUGCAAAAACAUUCAGGUUUAGGGAUAAAGUGUUGAAGAAAGGUGGAGUUUGGAAAGAUAUAUACGGAAUAGAUGAGAAAAAGAUUGCAAGUAUGGUCCGAGAAGACAAAAUCGACAUUUUGGUAGAACUCACUGGCCAUACUGCAAACAACAAGUUGGGAACAAUGGCCUGCAGACCAGCACCUGUUCAGGUUACUUGGAUCGGCUAUCCAAAUACUACGGGUUUGCCCACUGUUGAUUACAGAAUUACGGAUUCGUUGGCUGAUCCACCAAAUACCAAACAGAAACAGGUCGAGGAGCUAGUUAGGCUUCCGGAGUGUUUUCUUUGCUAUACACCAUCUCCAGAGGCUGGUCCUGUUUGUCCAACACCCGCUCUUUCCAAUGGCUUUGUCACAUUUGGUAGUUUCAACAAUCUCGCAAAGAUCACUCCUAAGGUGCUGCAAGUGUGGGCUAGGAUACUGUGUGCAGUUCCCAAUUCUCGUCUGGUGGUAAAAUGCAAACCUUUCUGCUGUGAUAGCAUUAGGCAGAGGUUUCUCACGACGCUGGAGCAGCUUGGGUUAGAAUCUAAGCGCGUUGAUCUCUUGCCGUUGAUUCUUUUCAACCAUGAUCAUAUGCAAGCUUAUUCCUUAAUGGAUAUAAGUUUGGAUACAUUCCCUUAUGCUGGAACUACCACUACCUGUGAAUCUCUCUACAUGGGAGUUCCAUGUGUUACAAUGGCUGGUUCAGUACAUGCUCAUAAUGUUGGUGUCAGUCUUCUCAGUAAAGUUGGUUUACCAAACCUGGUUGCUAAAAAUGAGGAUGAGUAUGUUCAGUUAUCUGUUGAUCUAGCGUCUGAUGUCACUGCUCUCUCUAAACUGAGGAUGAGUCUCCGGGACUUAAUGGCGGGAUCUCCUGUUUGUAACGGUCCGUCCUUUACUGUUGCUCUUGAAUCCGCAUACAGAAAUAUGUGGAAGAAGUACUGCAAAGGUGAAGUACCUUCCUUAAAGCGAAUGGAAAUGCUGCAAAAAGAGGUCCAAGAAGAACCCUUAAUCUCACAAGACUUGGGAUCUUCAAGACUCAACGUUACUGGAGAAGCCACUCCUUCUCUCAAGGCCAAUGGUUCUGCUCCUGUACCUUCCUCUUUACCAACCCAAUCCUCGCAGCUCUCAAAGAGAAUGGACUCCAUUAGUUAGAGUCAGUGAGUUUGGAGAUUCUGUACUCAUAUGGGUGAAGAUGUGAAAGAGACAGUCCAUGAGAUAUUCCUCCCUUUUUACUUCCAAAGACUGUAGGAACUAGACUUUUAGAUCACUGCUUGUGUAGUAAAAAGAACAGUAAAAACCACUCUUUUCUUUGUUUGGUUAUUUCUCCUACCAACUCUUAGUUUAGCUUGAUAAUGAUUCUUGGGAAGUGUAAUAGGUGGAAGUGGAUUUGGAGUUUUUCUUCUCAUUUGAGAGAUCAAAGUUGUUGUAUCAAUUAGGUUUUAAGGCUUUUUAGAUUUUGCUUUUCAUGUGUUAAGUUGAUGAAUCAUAUGACAGUAUAUAUCGUUUAUAGCCGAAGCUUCUCAGUGACUAAACUAUUUCAUUAGAUGUAUGCUAAGUAGUUGGCAAGUUAGGAGACCAUACAUCAUGAAAACUUGAAAAC